CAGUUAUCUGUUUGUGUAAACUACCCUCUGCUUUCUGUCCUUAGGGAAGGACUUCAACUUCAAUUUCCUCGUCAUUUUGAAGGAGUUUUCUCUCUCUCUAUUUGACCUCCUCUAGUAUUUGUUGGACCGUGCUUUUAUGAUUAUUGUAUCCACCAGUGGAGAGAGCAAAGAUGUCAGGCAGUGAACGUAUCAUAAACCUCCUCGGUCAUUAUCGGGACAGGCUCAAGCGUAAAGGAGACUACAGUGAAGAACUCGACUAUCUAGUUGGUAUCUUAGAGAGUCCCUUCAUGAGAGAGUUCUUAGAGGGGAACAUGUCCCGCGAGGAUACCGAUCACUUUAAUGAAGUGACGUCAGAAGUCAUAUCAGCACUGGAGGAGCAGGAGGAGGAGGUCCAUCUUUCACCUGAGACCCAGCGUAAACUAGUUCUAAAGAGACGGCAGUCUUUAAGAGCUCUUAAACUAGCAGUGACUCCUCAGUCAUCACCCCACAUCACUCCUAGGACCUCUAAAAUAUCUCUUACUAAUAACCCUCUCCUACAGCAUCAGUCCAGCAAUGACUCACCUCUGCUUAAGAGUGUCAUGGACACUCUUAGCUCACGAGAGAGUUCUUGUGAGCCGUCCUUCUCUCUCCUCUCUCCCUCUCCCCCGCCAACCGAAGGAGCUACAGUCCAUGAUGAACCCAGUUACCAUGACAACAGCGUCAGUGAGAGAAAGGAGAGCGUUGCUAGCUCCGUUAGUAGUAAUACAUCCCAACUGACUGUACUGAGGGGCGGGGCUACAGAUGAAGCUCCUCCCACUUUACCAUCAUAUUCUGAAGCCUUUAACAUGUGUAGACGGACCAAGUCCUACGAGCGUUUACCAGCCACACCUCCUUACCCCGCCCCUUUAAUGACCUCCGGAAUACCGACGAGUAACACUAACACUUCACAGACCAGACCCAAGAGUGUUACCAUGGUAACUGUACGCCUCACGAAAGGCGACAGGGGGCUGGGGUUUAGCCUCUCCUCUCAGCGAAGAGGAGGGAAAGAUAAUAAGAUAUUUAUCGGAGACCUACAGCCUGGGGGCGUGGCUGAAAGGGACGGUCGAAUCAUGAAAGGUGAUCAGAUAUUACAUAUUAAUGGACAAGAUAUCACCAGCAUCAGUUAUUCCACUGUUGUGGCUUUAUUACAGCAGGCAAAGGGAAUCGUUGAAUUGACGUUACUUCGUUCGGACGGGGCCGUACCCUCUCCUAUCAGGACCACACCCCCUAACCCAUACGAGGCUUAUUAUAGAAGAGAGUUGUAUCAGCCACACCCAAUGACCCAACCCACCACUACUAAUAAAGUCAUUCCUUCUAAGCAGUCUUAUCAACAAUAUAAUCAGCAGCAGCAGGAGCAGGGGCGGGUUCAUCGUCCCAGUACGACAGAUUACAAGCACAUCGUUAGUCUAGAGGUUGAUCAGGACUUGGGGUUUUCGAUCAUCUCCAAAGACGGGAUCACGUUUGUCCAUGUCAUCACACCAGGGAGUACCACAGAGAAGGACGGUAAGCUAAUGUCUGGAGACCAGCUGCUAUCAGUUAACGGUGAAGAGGUCUUUGGUCUGUCUCAUAGCUCAGUGUUGGACAUACUCCAGUCUUGUAAGAGGUUUCCGGAUCAACCCGUCAAACUGGUUGUAUCCCGUCAGACGGGACCAGGCCAGGUGGAGGAGGCGGAGGAAAGCUUCUCAGAUAUUGACUCAUCGUCAUCAGAUACUGAGACAGUUGAGGUACAGCUGGUAAAGUCAACGAGUGGGAGGGGCGGACUAGGAAUAUCAAUAAAUGCACUUGUUAACGACCACACCGAAGAGGACAAAGGGAUAUACAUAAGGGCGGUUCAUCCAGAGGGUCCAGCUGCUUUAAGUGGAUCAGUUCAUUGUAAGGACAGGAUAGUAUCAGUGAAUAGCCAGUCACUGAGGGGACUAUCCAAUAAAGAGGCGGCAAGACUUUUAAGAACAGCUGGAGACAGUGUACGACUGGAACUGAGACGAAAGAAGAGAGAGAAGAGAGAAGGAGGAGGAGAGAGAGCGGAGGGUAAUGUUGAAGAUAAUAGAAGAACAGGACAGCUGGAAGGAACUGAUGGUGUAAAGGAGGAAGAGGAGGAGGAAGUGGUUAAUGAGAGCGGGUUAAGGGUGAGGAGUCCUCUCUCACCGUCCGUUGUACAAUGGGGGAAUAUACUAGGACCCGAUAAGGAACUGAUAACUGCAUACAUACAGAAGACUGAUGAUAGUAAAGGCUUAGGGUUUGGAAUGGAGACUUAA